GCUCAAUUCUCCUUCCACAGGUUUACACGUGUACGAUGCAAACAGAAAUUGAUUUGUGCAUCGAGCAAAACAUUCACAAGCGUACAGCUGGUGACAUCAAGGCUUACGCUGAGAAAUGGGCACUGGGUCCGGCAGACCAUAUUCUAAUCAAUGCUAGCACAUUGCUGGAUCCGCAAGAUACCAGUGAGAUCGUACUGGCAGAUAUGGAGCUGUGCACCGAGGAAGACGACCAGCUGCCGACAGAUACUGUACCGGACGAAAAGGCGCUCGGGGAACAAGAAAUAACCGCUGAACCGCAAGACAUUGAUGAGGAUUCAAAUAUUGAUGUUCCAGAGCUUGGAUUUUUCGCGAGCAAAUGGGACACCGAUACGACCGAGCAGAAUUUAGCCCGUCUGGAUGGCACCAGCAAGCCACCGCGUCGCCCACCGACGAUAGAGGACUUCCUCCAGCUGGACGAUAACGAUUUUGCGGCGGACGAAGACUACGGCGGAUCGUCAUCCGGAAAGAAGCGCGUACGCUGGGCGGACAUCGAGGAACGUAAGGCGCAACGGAAGAUGCGCCAGAUGGGCUUCGUGGUCGGCGUUACCGAUUGGUCCCGGAUGAUGGAUCCGACCGAUGGUGGCAGUGCGCUCACCAGAACCAAGUAUAUCGAGCGCGUGCGCAGAAAUUUUUAAGCGGCAAACAGAGAUUUUCGGUCCAGGCGUGUCAGCAGCCAAUGGGUACCGUGGCUUCUUUUAGGUGAGUGCGCUUCAAUUGGUAGAUAUAUUAUCCACUUAGGUAACUGUUAAGGAAAUAUGUUUUUUAUACUGGAUAAGAUAAUGAUAUCCCUUAGUAAACAUGUAACUCAAAACUUUAUGCAAAUAACGACCGAAGGUGGGGAAAUUUAAUGGCAUGGUCUAUGAGAGCUCCUCCAACAUAUGUUGUAAUGAUAAUGGUACGAAUAUACACUAACAAAAGUUUGAGUUUAAAAGGUAUCCACAUAUACUUUCUCCCUGGUUUGAAUACAUUGACUCUAGAAUGUUUAAACACGUUGUAGUACAGGUCAUGUUCUAGUAUACAUUGCACGACUACAUGCAUAUUUUGAUAAAACCGAACCGGCAGUAAGUUGGUUCAUGAUUUUUUUAGAGACAUGUGUAUUUAAUUUAUAGUAAUAAUCUAAACUUACGUUGAUGAUAACCCAUAACGAAUGAAUACAUUGAAAGAUAUGCAAUUUAUAUAAUCGAUUGUAUGGAUUAAACUACAUUUCUAAGUAAACGUUUCUUAUCUAAAUAUUACAUUAUGAGGGAAACUAUGAAAUAUGCUAAUGAAUAUGGAAUAAUGUAACUAGUGCAAGAAA